UCAGUUGUGGCCAGUCCUCUCUUUGAAACGGACGUGCCUAUUUUUUUCUAAGAAUUUUUAUACAUUCUGUUGACUUUAUUUUUUUAAAGUCCUCUUUUGCGAUUUCUAACAGAGUUUUCUCUUUCUAAAAGAACACACAAAAAAAAACUUGAAACAUUGUGAAAUCUUAAAGUGAAAAUCCAUCGAUUAUUUGUUGCUUAACAGCGAGGCUCAAACAGUGCAAACCUGUCCAAACAUGUUUUGGUGACUAACCCCCCCCCCCAAAAAAAAAAACCUUUAGUUUUCCCUUUUUCAAAACUUUUCUCGUCGUGUUUCAUUUUGUGUGUGUAUGUCUGUGUUUCUUGUUGUGUGUCGUGUGUUGUAAGUGAACGCACGUAAAGAACAUCCAAGGCAAAAAUGAAUCAAAACGUGUCUUCAAUUGUCGCCGUUGUUUUGGUGAUUGUCGCUUCGGUCAACUGUUCGCCGAGUUGCCAAUGGCAACAGCCAGCAGCCGAUGAAAGCAACGACGAAUCAUCGCUUCGCUGUCAAUUGCGGACGCUCCAGCCGGCUGAAUGGGAAUCUCAGCUGGCCCGAGUGUCGCACCCGGAGCGAGCCACAUCGCUGCGGAUCGAAUGCAGUGACGUCCUUUUCUUCGAAUCGGCUCUGGAGCGCGACAUCCUCAAACGGCUUCCACGGCUGAGGCAGUUGAGCGUGUCGUCGUGCAAAGUCCGAGCCAUUCAGCCCGGUUCGCUGGCUUCUUUGCCCGAACUCAAACGGCUCUCGAUUCGGACGCACAACACCGAUUGGCCAGCCAUGGCUCUCACACUCACUGACCAGUCUCUGGCCGGCAUGAGAGAACUUCGACAUCUCGACCUCAGCGACAAUAGCCUCAUUUCCACGCCAGACGGACUCUUCUGCUCCCUGGCCAGCCUCUCUGGACUCAACUUGUCGUCGAAUCGGCUCCAGGACGUCGCCUCGCUCGGUUUCAAUUCCGCCGACGAGGAAUGUCUACAAGAAUUGACCGAGCUGGAUCUCAGCUGGAACGGCAUCGCCGAACUUCAUCCGCUUUCGCUUCGCGCCCUGCGCAAACUUCAGUCGCUCUCGAUCCAGCACAACGGCCUCACUCAUUUGGCUGACCAGUCGCUGGCCGGUCUCGAGUCGCUCCGCAUGUUGAACUUGUCCAGCAAUCAACUUUCUGUCUUGCCGCCGGAUCUUUUCCGCGAUUGUCACGAUUUGCGCGAGUUGGACCUCCAUCACAACGCUCUGUCCGUCUUGCCUCUGGGCAGUUUUGCCGGACUUAGCCAACUUCAGGUCUUGGAUUUGUCACGAAAUUCUCUCGGCCCGGUUCACCGCGACACGUUCGCCGGACUUUUGCGUCUCGUCGUUUUGAAUCUCGGCCGCAACGCCCUGACUCGCCUCGAUUCCACCAUGUUCCGCGACUUGGCCAGCCUUCAGGUCCUCCGACUGGACUCUAACUUGAUCGAGUCUGUCGAUUCCGAUGCCUUCCUGCCACUCUUCAAUCUCCACACGCUCGAUCUGUCCAACAACCGGAUCAGCAUCGUUAGCGACCGACUCCUCGGCGGACUCUUUGUCCUCAGUUCGCUCUCACUCGGCUCGAACCGCAUCCAUUCCAUCAGCGAGGAUGCCUUCCGCAACUGCAGCGGUCUGCGCGAUCUCGACCUUUCCGGCAACACUCUGCAAGUGAUUCCGGAAGCUGUCGGCCAGUUGUCGCUGCUCAAGUCGCUGGAUCUGUCGUCGAACCGCAUCACCCGGGCUACCAACUUGUCUUCCAACUGGCAGCAGCUCUACAGCUUGAACUUGGCCGACAACCAAAUUCGCGCCGUCAGCAAGGAGGCUUUCGCCGGAUUGGGUAACCUCGUCGCUCUCAUCUUGGCCGGCAAUCAGCUGGAGCAGCUGGAAGCUGGCACUUUUGACCGCACUUCGGGCCUCCAGGUACUCCGGCUGGACGGCAACAGCCUUACCGACGUCAACGGUCUCUUUGCCGGCCUCCACAACCUCCGUUGGCUCAACGUCUCGGCCAACCGAGUCCAGCUAUUCGACUAUUCCUUCCUGCCGGCCAACGUCGAGUGGCUGGACAUUCACCAGAAUGCCCUCAGCGAGCUGGGCAACUACUUCCAGAUCCAGUUGUCGAAUCUGCAAGCCAUCGACGCCAGUUUCAACCAGUUGACGGACUUGACGGCCGACAGCGUGCCUGACAGUGUUGUCCAGCUGUUUGUCAACGACAACAAGAUUUCCAGCAUCGCGGCCAACACGUUUCUGAAGAAGGCCAACCUCUCGCGAGUGGACCUCAACUCGAACAGACUUCAAACGCUCGAUCCAGCUGCCCUGUGGCUCAGUCCAGUACCGGCCGAUCGGGACUUGCCCGAAAUUUCGCUCGGCGAUAAUCCGUGGGAAUGCGAUUGCGGAUUGGAAUGGCUUCCGCUUCUCGUUCAGCCGAGCAGCGCCUCACGUCAGCAGCCGCGUCUGGUCGAUGCGGCCGACAUCACUUGCCGUCUGAGCUUCCGGCGAGACAGGAACGAGACGGCCGAAUCGGCUCUGGUGCCUCUGGUGGACGUCCGACCGGAAGAAUUCCUCUGCUCUUACCAGACGCACUGCUUCGCCCUCUGCCAUUGCUGCGACUUUGACGCCUGCGAUUGCGAGAUGACCUGUCCGUCUGGCUGCUCCUGCUACCACGAUCCCACCUGGUCUUCCAACAUUGUCGAUUGCUCGGCUUCAGCCGGCCCGCUGAACGAUCUGCCCGAAGGAAUCCCCAUGGACGCUACCCAGCUCUAUUUGGACGGCAACAAUUUGACGGAGCUGUCGAGCCAUGCCUUUAUCGGCCGUAAGAAUUUGAGAACCCUUUAUCUCAACGGCAGCCGGAUCCAGACGCUGCGUAAUCGCACUUUCCACGGACUGGGAGCCCUGCAAGUGCUGCAGCUGGCCGACAACGAGUUGGAAGAGCUUCGCGGAUCUGAAUUUGAGCCUCUUGAUCACCUGAGGGAGCUCUACUUGCAAAACAACCGGCUUCGUUUCAUCUCGGACACGGCUUUCGUCCACCUGCGCUCCCUCCAAGUCCUCCGGCUCGACGGCAACCGACUCCUGACCUUCCCUCUGUGGCGUCUCGGCGUCAAUCCGCAUCUCAAUCAACUCUCUUUGGGAUUGAAUCCGUGGAGUUGCGAAUGCCGAUUCUUGGCCGACUUCCAGCAAUGGAUUGCGGCUCAUCCCCACCAGCUGGUCGAUCCCGAUUCACUGCACUGUUUGAUGGGCGAUCAGCAGCUGAUCGGUUUCGACGAAUUCAACCGGAGCUGCUCAGCCAAUCCUUCCAUCAGCGUCGUGACGCGUUUCAGCGGCGCUUCCGUCAUGGAUUACGUUCCCGUCAUGGCCGCCGGAAUUUGCCUCUUUUUGCUGGGCGUCGUUGCUGUUGUCUUGGUGCUCAUCUACCGCCAGUCCGUCCGCAUCUGGAUCUUUUCCCGCUACCGCAUCCGCCUCUGCGACUCUAAAGCCGAGGAGCUGGACGCUUGCGUCUCUUCUUCUUCCUCGCGGAAGGAGUCGAUGUUUGACGCUUUUGUCAGUUACAGCCUCAAGGACGAGCAGUUUGUCGCCCAGGUACUGGCCGCCGAAUUGGAGCAUUCAGCCGAAGCCGGAUCCUCUUUCCGGCUCUGCCUCCAGCACCGAGACUUCCCCACCAGCUCCGGAAACAGCAGCAGCAGCAGUUCGGGCGGAGAUCCGCUAGCUCUUGGGCUAGCUGCCAGUCGCCGGAUCGUUUUGGUCAUUUCUCAGUCCUUCAUCGAGUCCGAAUGGACCCGACCCGAAGUACGCACUGCCCUGACUGGCUUUUUGCGCCAACCCCGAGCCCGAUUGGUCGCCGUCCUCCUGACACCGUGGACGGAUGAUCAAUCCGAUCCGGAAUUGAGUCUCCUCCUCCGUUCGUCUGUCCUCAUCCGCUGGGGCGAGCGCAAUUUCUGGUCCAAGAUUCGUUACUACUUGCCCGAUCCGACUCCUCGCCAGCACUACAUCCGCAACAUCCAUUCGUCAGGCAACGGCCUUUGGUACCAGACCACCAAUCCGGCCACGACCAACACGCUGUUGAGCUCGAAGCGGACGCUUCCCCAUCCGCUUCCGAUGGACGCUAUGAUGGACAAACAAGCCAACAACAAAUCGGAGCUGUACUGGGAAGUGGGCAACGGCCACCAAGGUAUCCCACGGCGCUACACUUCGACUCCGCACACUGCCGCCUACGCUUGCCGCAACGGUCACCACGAUGCCAACGGUGACGAGAUGUCGUCCAUCUAUUCCGGCCAGUGUUACUCUCGUCUGGAGCACAGCUACAUGUCGAUCGAUCACGGACACGAGCACAUUUACAGCAGCGUUCAAGAUCCGGCGGAAUUGCAUCACCAUCACCAUCAUCAUCCGCAGCAUCAACAGCAACGCCCUGAUUGUUGGUCUUAUCAAUAUCCGCCUUUGCAUCAGCAUCCGGAAGCUGCUCAACAACAUCUGGUGAUCCAUCACGGAGUUCCUCGGCCGCCCACGCAACAGCCGGAAUUUCACUUCUCGAACCAUCAACAACAGCCGCAACGUUUUGUUUAAAAAAAAAUCCUAUACAUUUUUAAUAAUCCGAUCAUUGCGGAUUGUUUUUUUGUUUUUUUAUUGUAACAUUUUGUGCAUAUUAUCAAAAAAGGGAAAUCAUUUCCUUGUGUAUAACUCCUCCAAUGUAGACAGUUUUUUUCAAAAUGACGACUUGGAAAGAUAAAAAAAAACGGGAGUGGUUUGAUUUGUAUAGUCUUCCUAGUCACGUGAUCUGCCGUUUUUCCCACGUUUUUUUCAUGAUUUGAUUAAAGGCGCUCAUUAUCAUCGUGUGUCCUCUUUUCGUUCAUCUAAUUUGACUACGAAAUUUUGAAAACGAGAAGAAAUUAAUGAAUUUUUUGGUUUAAUUCCGUGUGUGUGUAUACAAAGAAAUGAUUUGUGCUAAGAAGUAAAAAAAAAACAAUGUCAUGUGUAUUUGUGUCGGGAUCGGAAAGACAUAAAUUUUUUUAU